AAUUUAAAUUUGAAAAAUGGUUAAUGUGGUUAUCAUUGCCGUCCCAAUUGUAGCUGCCGUGGGAGCAAUCACUUUCAUCCCAAAAUCUGAUAAAUCCACUUUGUCUCUCUCAGUAUAUAUUUGACACUAACUUCGUUUCUGAGUGAUCUAAGCUUAUUUUGCAAUUAAAAAAUGUCAGCUACAUUGCAUUCUCCGCUGUCUUCCUCUGCCAUGCCCUCUCUCCAGGAGAGACGAUUUUUAGGAUUCACAGCUCAAUCCGCGAAGCCAAGCUCCGUAUUCAAGCAUCGGAGAAUAUUUUCUUCAAUUCGAGCUUCUUCUAGCUCCUCUUCGUCUCUUGAUGCUGGUUUAAGCACUGAACUAGAUGUGGUGACGGGUUACAGCGAGAUCGUUCCCGACACUGUUGUUUUCGAUGAUUUUGAGAGGUUUCCUCCAACUGCUGCCACUGUUAGCUCCUCGCUGCUCUUGGGUAUUUGUAGCCUUCCCGACACUAAAUUCAAGAGUGCUGUUGAUACUGCAUUGGCCUCUUCAGAGUGUUACACCUUAGAAAAAUCUGAUGAUCGAAUGUCUUGUUUCUUUGACAAGGCUUUGGUAAAUGUUGGAGGUGAUCUUGCAAAGCUUGUGCCUGGUCGUGUUUCUACUGAAGUCGAUGCUCGUCUUGCAUAUGAUACACACGGUAUUGUUAGAAAGGUGCAUGACCUUUUGAAGCUGUAUAAUGAGAUUGGAGUGUCUCCAGAGCGACUAUUGUUCAAAAUACCUUCAACCUGGCAAGGAAUUGAGGCAUCAAGGUUGCUAGAGUUGGAAGGCGUACAGACUCAUAUGACUUUUGUCUACAGCUUCGUACAAGCUGCAGCUGCAGCUCAAGCUGGUGCUUCCGUUAUUCAAAUUUUUGUUGGUCGCCUUAGGGACUGGGCACGCAACCAUACUGGUGAUCUGGAAGUAGAAGCUGCUCUUAGAAGAGGAGAAGAUCCUGGGUUGGCAUUGGUGACAAAAACCUAUAAUUACAUUCACAAAUAUGGGCAUAAAUCCAAAUUAAUGGCAGCUGCAAUUCGUAACAAACAGGAUGUUUUUAAUCUUUUGGGAGUUGAUUAUAUUAUAUCACCAUUGAAGAUAUUGCAGUCUCUAAAAGCAUCUGUGACACCUCCUGAUGAGAAAUAUUCUUUUGUGAGGCGACUGUCACCACAAUCAGCUGCAUCCUACAAUUUUAGCAAUGAAGAGCUUGUGAAGUGGGAUCAAUAUAGCUUUGCUUCCGCGUUGGGGCCUGCAGCAGUCGAGCUUCUAAUUGCGGGGCUGGAUAGUUAUGCCAGCCAAUCUAAACGGGUAGAAGAAUUGUUUGGGAAAAUAUGGCCACCUCCUAAUGUGUAAAGCAUAUCGGUAAUAACCAAGACCAUCUUGCUAAUUACCCCUUGAUAUGUUGCUCUCCUGUCAAAUGCUGUUUUCAUUGUGACCACUGUGAUGCCAACACAUACUUUGUAUUUUCAUAUUAUUUUACUUCGGAGUAUCUUAUGAGGACAUUGCAUUUCUUGUUCA